UUCAUAGAAUUCAAAUAUGUGCCUUUCAUCACAAUCUGAGGCUUGGUUUCGAUCAACGCUGUAGCCAUCAUUAUUAACAAAUCUUCAAAGAUUUAAUUUGAAAUUGAAUUCUUUUCAGUUUUCAACUCUGAUAGACAACGUGAACAGAGAUGGAAAAGAUUCUGUUUUCUUUAAUUAUUUCUGCAACUGCGUUUCUAAGAGUUUAUGGGAAUAGCACAACUACUACAAGCACACAAUCGCCAAAGGAAAUAUACAGUACAAGCAAUUUACCUGUUACCAGCAGUGCAAUUACACAUACAACGUUGAAAAGUGAUUCACAAACGUCUUUUUCAUGUAUUAGUGAUACAAAGGAUCAGUCAAAUGAGAAUUCCUGGCUGUCAAAAGUGUUGGAAUCACCAACAAACAUCACAAUAGGUGUGUUGGUCAUUGUUAUCCUAAUUCAACUGAUAAUCAUAAUAGCCUUUGGAAAAAAGCUCUGCUUUCUUAAGAAUAUCCAAAAGAAAACAAAAGAACCGAACAUCACAGAGAAUUUCCCAGUCUGCACCAGUGGGCUACCAGUCAGUAUUCCAAGUGAGGAUGCUAUGCCCAAGCACAAUGAAAACCAAAUAAGUCUGGCAGAGCCCACAGAAACAGAAAUAAUGUUGGAAGAAAUGAGAGCCACUGAACCAAUAGUGAAUGAUAAACCUGUUCAAGGAGACCACAACAGUGAUGGAACAUUGGCAGAAGAUGUCCUACUUCCACUCCCACCUCCACCUCCGGAGGAUGUGUUUCCUACACCACAAGAUAACCUUCAGAAUCCAGUGGAUGAAACCAUUCUUACUCUUAAUGACACAAAAGAAAUGCAAGAGCUCAUCCUUGAUGUCUAAAGCAGUUUACAUGUUUAUACUGCAGGAAGAAAUUUCACUGUUCAAUCAAAAAAGGUUUUAAAAAAGUCACUGCUGCCAAUAUUCUCUAUGGGGCUACACACCCAAAUAAAAACCAUCUCCAUAAGCAAAGCUUAUUUGUCAAGAACUAUGCUGCCAGAAGCAAACAGAAGAAAAACUAACAGUAUAUAUUGUUAUCUUGUGCUGCUCUGUAAAGGAGUAUGCACUACACAAAAACCAAGGUCUUUUCUUUUAAUAAAAAACACUUUACACCACAUCACAGAUACUGCUAUAUGCUAUCUUUACAAAUAAUAAAAGAAAUGCUAUCUCUGUGCUAUUAAAUAUUUUAUUCAUUUAUUGUGCUUUUAAUGCUGCAACAAUCUAUCAUACAACCUGUUUUUAAUAUGAAAUGUAAACAUUGAUUCAAAGAAAUAAAAUCAUAGAAGGUGA